AUGCUUCCGGUAACUGGGAAAACAAUAAUAUUUGAUAGCUUUCCUGAUCCUUCAGAUACCUGGGAAAUAAUUGAGACUAUUGGCAAAGGAACAUAUGGAAAAGUUUUCAAGGUAUUAAAUAAGAAAAAUGGCAGCAAAGCAGCAGUCAAAAUCUUGGAUCCUGUUCACGAUAUUGAUGAAGAAAUUGAAGCUGAGUAUAACAUUUUGCAAGCUCUCUCUGAUCAUCCCAAUGUAGUCAAAUUCUACGGCAUGUACUACAAGAAAGAUGUGAAAAAUGGAGAUCAGCUUUGGCUGGUUCUUGAGCUGUGCAAUGGUGGAUCUGUGACUGAUCUUGUGAAAGGAUUUCUGAAGAGGGGUGAAAGGAUGAAUGAACUUAUAAUUGCUUACAUUUUACAUGAAGCUCUGACGGGCCUUCAACAUUUGCAUGAAAACAAAACUAUCCACCGUGAUAUUAAGGGAAAUAAUAUCCUCUUGACCACUGAAGGAGGAGUCAAGCUUGUGGAUUUUGGUGUGUCUGCACAGUUGACCAGCACUCGUCUCCGUCGGAACACAUCCGUGGGCACUCCUUUCUGGAUGGCUCCAGAGGUGAUUGCCUGUGAGCAGCAGCUAGAUAGCUCCUAUGAUGCCAGAUGUGAUGCAUGGUCACUCGGUAUUACUGCGAUAGAGUUGGGAGACGGAGAUCCACCCCUUGCUGAUUUGCACCCUAUGAGGGCACUCUUCAAAAUACCAAGGAAUCCACCUCCAACGUUACAGCAGCCAGAACUGUGGUCAUCUGAAUUCAAUGACUUCAUUAAUAAGUGCCUGACUAAAGAUUAUGAGAAGCGCCCGACAGUAUCUAUUCUUUUGCAGCAUGAUUUUAUUAAGCAAAUUGAAGGAAAGGAAAACAUGUUACAAAGGCAGCUCAUGGAAUUUAUUGAUGUUCACCAACAAAUGGGAGUCACUGAAAAGGCAAGAUUUGAACGUAUUCAUACAAAGAAAGGGAACUACAGUAAGUCACUAGUUUCUAACCAGGAAGAGGUAGAUGAUUUAGCAACCUUGGAAGUACUGGAUGAGAAUACAGUAACAGAGCAGUUGCAGAAAGGUUAUGUCAAAGAUCAGAUCUACACAUAUGUAGGGGACAUCCUCGUCGCUGUCAAUCCAUUUCGAAACAUAGACAUCUAUUCUUCACAGCAUUCCAAACUCUAUAUUGGAGCCAAACGGACUGCCAACCCUCCUCAUAUUUUUGCUGUUGCUGAUAUAGGAUAUCAGUCCAUGGUGACAUACAACUCGGAUCAGUGUAUUGUUAUUUCUGGAGAAAGUGGAGCUGGCAAGACACAAAGCGCCCAUCUUCUGGUUCAGCAGCUCACUGUCCUGGGAAAGGCUAAUAACAGGACUCUACAGGAGAAGAUCCUCCAAGUGAAUAACCUGGUAGAAGCAUUUGGAAAUGCAGGCACUAUAAUCAAUGAUAAUUCCAGCAGAUUUGGAAAAUAUUUGGAAAUGAAAUUCACUUGUGGUGGCACUGUAGUUGGAGCUCAGAUUUCAGAGUAUCUCCUUGAAAAAUCCAGAGUUGUCCACCAGGCAGUAGGAGAGAAAAAUUUCCAUAUUUUUUAUUAUAUUUAUGCUGGUCUUGCAGAAAAGAAAAAAUUGGCACAUUAUAAAUUGCCAGAAUAUAGACCUCCCAGAUAUCUGCAAAAUGAUCAUUUCAGAAUAGUGCAAGAUUUUAUGAACAAUAGCUUUUAUAAGUCCCAGUUUGAAUUAAUUGAACAGUGCUUCAAAGUCAUAGGUUUCACACUGGAGGAACUUGGAAGUGUGUACAGUGUUCUGGCUGCCAUUUUAAAUGUGGGUAACAUUGAAUUUUCUGCAGUGGUGUCUGAACAUAUGAUUGACAAGAGCAACAUUUCCAAUCCAGUAGCCCUUGAGAAUUGUGCUUCCUUGCUGUGUAUUCAGGCAGAUGAACUGCAAGAGGCCCUCACCUCUCAUUGUGUAGUGACUCGAGGAGAAACGAUUAUUCGUCCCAACACCGUGGAAAAAGCAACUGAUGUCCGAGAUGCCAUGGCCAAAGCACUAUAUGGACGUCUUUUUAGCUGGAUAGUCAAUCGCAUCAAUACUUUACUCAAGCCUGACAAACAUUUAAGUGAAAAUGAUGGUGGUUUAAACAUUGGAAUUCUUGAUAUCUUUGGCUUUGAGAAUUUCAAAAAAAAUUCCUUUGAACAACUCUGCAUCAACAUUGCCAAUGAACAGAUUCAGUUUUACUUCAAUCAACAUGUCUUUGCUUGGGAACAGAAUGAAUAUCUAUACGAAGGUGUUGAUGCAAGAGUUAUAGAAUAUGAGGAUAACAGGCCCCUCUUAGAUAUGUUCCUGCAAAAACCAAUGGGUUUAUUGUCCCUGCUGGAUGAGGAAAGUCGAUUCCCGCAAGCAACAGAUCAGACACUUGUAGAAAAAUUUGAAGAUAAUUUGAAGUCAAAAUAUUUUUGGAGACCCAAAAGAGUAGAUCUAACCUUCGGGAUUUAUCACUAUGCAGGAAAGGUUCUGUAUAAUGCGAGUGGAUUCUUAGCCAAAAAUAGAGAUACCCUGCCAGCUGAUAUUGUGCUGCUACUCCGAUCAUCUGAAAACAAUCUGAUACGACAGUUGGUAACCCAUCCUCUUACAAAAACAGGUAACCUGGCCCACACUAAAAGCAAAACUACAAUCAGUUACCAAAUGUGGACCCCUCAGAAAUCAAUCAGUCGUACUAAGAAUGAAACUGGAGAUACUGGACAUCAUCCGAGAGAGACAACCAGUAUGAAAACACAGACAGUCGCUUCUUAUUUUAGAUAUUCUCUGAUGGACUUGUUAUCCAAAAUGGUCGUCGGCCAGCCUCAUUUUGUCAGGUGCAUCAAGCCAAACAACGACCGGCAGGCAAACAAGUUUGAUAAAGAAAAAGUGUUGGUUCAGCUGCGAUACACGGGAAUUCUGGAGACAGCAAGAAUUCGAAGACAGGGUUAUUCACACCGUAUACUCUUCGCUAACUUCAUAAAACGGUAUUACCUCAUCUGUUACAAAACAAAUGAUGAUCCUCCAGUCAGCCCAGAAACCUGUGCUGCCAUCUUGGAAAAAGCUCACCUUGACAACUGGGUUCUUGGAAAAACUAAAGUAUUCCUCAAAUACUAUCACGUGGAGCAGCUGAAUUUAAUGCGAAAGGAGACAGUUGACAUGAUUAUUUUGAUUCAAGCUUAUGUCAGAGGGUGGCUGGGUUCAAAGAGAUACAAAAAGCUAAAGGAACAAAGGGAACAAAGUGCUAUUAAAAUACAGUCAGCUUACAGGGGUUUUGUUGCUCGUAAAGAAUACACAAAUGCAAAAAGUAAUCAAAAAAUGGAAAAAUGUAUUACUAGACUUCAAGCAAUUGCCAGAGGCUACUUACUCAGGAAGAAGAGAAAAGAGCUAACUGAGUCGAGGAACAAAGCAGCAACAACAAUUCAGUCUCACUACAGGGGAUAUAAGGAGAGGAAGAACUUCAAAAGGAGAAGGGAGUCACUUCAAAAGAAAGAACAAACCGAGAACACAACUUCCAUUAAUGAAAAGGAGAAGGGUGCCAGACUUCAAGACGAUGAGGAAAAUCUAGCUGGAGCCAAGAGCACCCUUCCUCAGACUGAAGAAGAAGCAGCUGUCAUUGUUCAGAGCAGUUAUAGAGGCUACAGAGCCCGUAAAAAAAUAAAGGAGCAGCACAAAAAACUAGCAGAAGAAGAGUUACCUGCUAUGGAAUACCUUGAAGCAGAAGUGAAGGCAGCUGAAAACAUUACAUUGGAAAAAGCAGCGAACAAGGAGAGCCAAAAUGGCACUGACACUGUUACUGACAGCAAGUGUGCUGGGUUCAGGGACAGAGGGAACACACAGGAACAAAAGAAAGGAUCUACUAAAGGAGAGGGAGAUUCCCUGAAGCAGAACUCCACAAAACAGCAGGUUAGUGAAGAUGAAGAACAGGUUGCUGUGGAGCAGCUAUCUGACAAAUCUUCUGUCAAAAUCACAGCUGAACCUGAUCACCAGCAAGAGCAAACUAAUGAAGACACCGUCAAAGCAGAUCAGCAAAAUAAAGUAUAUGCUGUGGUCCUGCCCAAGACUGACAGGCAUCUGGAGAGAAACCAUCUGAAACAGGAAGCAAUGAUAUCUACUGGAUAUAAAGGAAUUACGCGAAAAGAAUCGAUAAGAGGUUCGCGGAAGCAAGUUGUAGUAGAAAAACAAGAUUCCGAAGACAGAGAGAAGGCAGCAGUGGUUAUUCAGAGCAAUUACCGGGGUUACAAAAGAAGGGGACAACUCAGAAAAGAGGGGAAAUUACCUGGCAAAAAUCAAGAGAAAACUAUAAAGGAGUCAAGAGAAGUGGCACACAUUCAAAAUAGUGAUCCCAAAACAACAAAAAAUAAGGAAAACACUGGUACACAGGCUGAGGAUCAUAAGACUCUUAAGGAAGGCUCAGAGAAAGAGGCUUGUGAUUUGGCAGCCUUUUCACGGCAGAUAUCAAAAUUAUCUGAAGACUACUUAGCAUUGCAGCAAAAAUUAAAUGAAAUGAUAUUGUCACAUCAGCUGAGACCCGUGAUGCUGUCCAAAGAUAAGCAAACUGAUGGCCGACUUUCUUCUCAUGUUUGUCAGUCAGUUGCAUCCAAAGUAGAGGACUCUCACCCAAAACAGAGACCCCCAAGGAGGCCACGGAAGCCCAAGACAUUAAAUAAUCCAGAAGAUUCCACCUACUACACUCUAAUACAUAAAUCGAUACAAGAUGAAAAACGGAAACCAAGGAAAGACAGUCUGGGCAAAGUGCUAGAUUUAGAUGUCUAUUACCAAGAAAUUUCAUCUAUUGAUUCCACCUCAAAAGACAGCAGUUCUACCACAAAAAAGAAGAGACAGCCAGCUGAGCGCAGGACUUUAAGAGCUACUGAACGGUCAAGGGUUGCAGAAAGCCCCCUGGAAGAGAGUAAAACUGAAGAUAAUCCCUAUGACUACAGAAGGCUGCUGCGGAAGACCUCACAGCGCCGGCGCCUUAUCCAGCAGUUCUAGCUGCUGCUGCUGCUGCUCUUGCUGCUGCCGUUUGGCUUUUAUUAGCAUAAUCUUUUUUAUGAUUUUAUACCACAUGCUUCCUUUUUUUUUUAAUCUCCAAUGUUUCAAGUUUACAAUGUGUGUGUUGAUGUGAAUAUGAGCUAUUGUAGUUUACAGCCCAACACCAUUGCAAAGGGACACUGUCAAUCACAUAUCAUAUACUUAGAAAAACCCCUAAUAUAAAAAUCCAGGUUUUUCUCUGUUAUCACUUCUACAUCUUAAAAUUAUUAAACAUGAAGCAACUUAAAUCUAGUUUACUUUCCUCAAUGCAUACUUCUUUCCUUUUUACAUUUUGUCAGUCCUAAUCAAUUAAAAGAGAUUGUUCAGUUUACAGUUUCCUAGUUAAGCUUUCAAAUUCCCAUAUGCACCUUCGGAAAACCUCACUUACUAGUUCCAAAAAAAAUUGUUUCACAGGGAAAAAAAAAAGUACAGGAAUUCCAUGGAGGAAUUUCUUAUUCCUUUCAGGUUUACAAUGCCUAAAUUUGAGGAUAAACUGUAUGUGGCAAACACGUCCCUUUAAUCAAAACCAAAAUAUGUGAUUAAUUGGAUAGCAUAUUAUGGCAGUUUAUUUCUUUAUUGACUUUACCAUAAAGCUAAUAGGAGGUUUUAAAGGUCAAUAAUGUGUGUAUAAUCUUUAUGUUGGAGAUGUCCAUGUAUAGGAAGUAUAUGCCAUCCUCUCUUCUGCCCCCCAGCUUUGUGACUAAAUGAUGAACUUCUACAUCAUGUUUGCUUUGUUCUCCUUUGUGUUAGAUUUUUAGGAAUCUUAAUCUCUGGGAUGCCAAGAAAGGACUGGGAAAAUGCUCCGUGGUCGAUUGCUGCUUCAAUGUAAUGAUCAUUCUUAAUUAGUUCCACUAGAAAUUAAGUGGAAAGAAAGGUAAUAGCCACUGUGUUCAAAAUUUCCCCCAACUCUUAAUUCAGGAAACCUUAUUUCACAGAAAGCACACAGACAAUUUGUGUGUUUCCUUUUAGGAUUCAUAAUUGCAUGUUCCCAGCUGCAAAACAAGAGAAGGCAAAUUUCAUCAAGCCUUUAUAAGGCCUGAUCCUGCUCCCUGUCUUUGUUCCCCUAAAUAUUACCACUGGCAGCAGCAGUGAGUGAAGGGGGUUGGGUUUUUGCGCCCCUCUCCUGACAAUUGGACCCUUCCCUAGAGACAUGUAACCGUUGCUUCCUGAUGUGUAACUAGUUACAAGGUUGCA